CAGCGGCGGUUUUGCAGCGAUCCGGGACGCCGAGCCGUCGACUUGUACACCGCUCUCGAGCGUGACCGCCGCCGCCGUCGAGUGUUUUCGCCCGUAACGCGCGUGCGCGUCGGUUGUUUGUGCGCACACCUGACCGUGUGUUAUUCUCUGCGCGCGCGUGCGCGUGUACGCGUCUUUAUUGCGUACUCUGUUUGUUUGUGUGCGUGCGUGUAGUGCGUGUGUAGUGUGCACAGCACUUCGCCGUUUGGUUUUACGACGAUUUUCGCCGUUUAACCUCCUCUUUCACUGUCGUCGUCGUCGGCCGUUGUCGUCGCCGUCGCCGCCGCCUCUCCCGUCGUGUCGUUUUUUUUAAAAACGUCCACCCGUCGUCGUCGCCGCGACGGUUACUGUCACGCAGCGAAGCACGCCCGCGUGAACGAUAGGGGUUCCCAGGGACCGGACACGCGUCGUCGUCGUCGGCACGCCGUCCUGCGGCUGUGCGCGCGCGAACGCAACCGUGGACACCGCACGCUCCCGGAGAUGUGACCGUCGGACCCGUGGCACAGGCACAGCCGCAGACGCCAGCCGCAAACACGCGGUCCAGUUGACGUUAGCCGCCGCGUCCGCAUCCACCAGCCGGAACAUGGCGUCGUCCAACACGGAGUCGCCUGGCACAAUUUAUAGGUGGAUAGAGAAAAAGCCAUUAACAGAAGCAGUUUCAUGGACAUCAAAAGAAAAAUUUUGGUUGGUUGUAGCCAUAUAUCAUUAUGGGACUCAUGAUUGGAAAAAAGUUGCUCAAGUUGUUCGACAUAUAGGAGAAUCUUAUAGACCUCAAGAAUGGUUUUCACCAACAAACUGUGAACGCCAGUUUAAAAUUCUUGUAUCUAAUCUUAGCAAGGAAGUGAAGUCAUUGCCCUUUAAUGAUAUGAUGCAACAUAUUGCUGAAGGUUUAAAAAGUGAUUACAAACGAGAAAUUAAUAAAUCAAGAGAUGCCUUAAAAACAAAGUACUGUAAUUUAUUCAAUAUUUUGAAUCGUGUGAAACAAGGAAAUUUGUCAAGAAGUGAAAUUGUUAACCUUUAUUCACAAGCAAGAAGGUUUAAAUUAAAUGAAAUUGAAGGUAAACAAUAUAUGGAACAACUUAUGACUAGGCAAAAUGCUAGUUUAGCUUCUGAAAAUUCAAGUUCUGGAUUAAUAGAAGAGCCAAUUAAAUGGAAUACACCAUCAGCACCAUUAUUAACAAGUCUACUUAGGUCUCGUAACACUAUACCAGCUAAUAGGAAUGCCACUACUAUUUCUUCUUUAUUACAAUCUCCUGGUGGCACAUCAAGAACUAGAUCUGGAAAAUUAUUAUCAUUAACUCCUAGCAUUAGAACCACACAAGGUACUCCUACACUUUCUAAACUCCUUGAAGCUCCAGCAAAUCCUUAUAUACCUAAUCCACCACAAGCAACAUUGAAGAAUAAACUAACUGAAGUUGUAGCAGAAAAGCUUGUGAAUACUUCCAGAAAAGAAAACUCGCAGUCAACAUCAUUAAAUAAAGUACGGGUAGAUAAUAUGACAACUCUGGGGUCUUUUAAUCAAAUCAAUAAAUCUGAUUUAUCAGCAUCGAAGAAACAGAUAUCCAAGAGUCCUGUUUCAGUAGUUAAAAGUGGAUCAAAAGCAAAUUUAAAUGUUGUUACUUUAUUAAGUGACAGCGAAAACGAUGAAGAUAAAAAUAUCAGUCUUAAAAGUUUGUUUGGAGAUAAGAAGGAUACAAGUAAUAAAGUUGAACCUAGAGCAACAAGAAGUCAAACUAGAGCAGAAGGAGGUUUUAAACAGUUAAAUGAUACUAAACUCUCUGAUGGAAAGAAAGAUCGUGAAAGUUUACGACAACAAAGUGGAGGAUCUUUAAUUAAUGAACAACACUCAAUUGAUGAUGUUAUAGCUGAUAUUGAUCAAAUUGAAGUUCAACCAUUAUCAUCUGUUCAAGAUGAAAUACAAACUCAAACUCCCUCUAAAAUGACGCGAUCUUCCUUGCAAAAACUUCGUUUAUCUAGUCCCGGAGAUAAUUCAUUAACAAAUAAUAAAGUUAAUACUAAAGAUAUAAGCAACAAAAUGAUAGAGGAAAUAUCAGCUAAUUUUGUUUUGAGUGCUUCUCCAAAAACUAUACCUCCACAGUAUCAAUGCUUGUUGACCAAGCCUCGGAAUAAUACUUCUGAUUGCUUGAAUUCCAUAGAUAGGAUUGCUGUUAAAGAUGCUAUUUUGCUACGCAAAGAAAGCCAAUCUUUGCAAAAUACAUUAAAUACAUCUGAUAGAAAACAAGAAGGAGUAAUUGAAAUAAAUGCAUCAAGUGUAAUAGGUAGUAGAAAUGAUUCAAAAGUGUUGUCACUUAACAACCAACCUGUUCUUGUAGUUAACAAAAUUAAGAAACCAUUUAAUAUUAAACUAACUUCAGAACAGAGAGUUGAUGAUAAUCAAGUCACAAAUACAGAUUUGAAAAAGUCUGUGCGAUUAAAUAAUAGUUCCCAAAAUGUGGUUAAAUUAACCGACAAGAAUUGUACAGCUACUGCUGCUGCUAAUGAUGAUGAUGACGAUGAUAUUAUAAUUCUUGACGAUGAGAUUUUCAUUGAUGACAAUAAUAAAACAUCAAUAAAAACUAAGGAGUUAUCAAGUAAUAUUGAAUCACAAAAUGUAUCUUCUAUAGUUGUUAGUCCUAACAUUAACAUUUCAAGUAAUUCAAAAUCAACAUUACUUCAGUUGGACGAAAAGAAAAAUAAAAAUGACAAAACUCCAUGGAAUAUGUUUGGUAAACCUCAAAAUAUUUUAGAUUCUACAAAAAAACAUUGUCAUCAAGAUAAUGUCUCUAAAAGUAGAACUAAUAGCAACAUAAGUGAAACUAACAGCCAAUUUAUUAAAGAACUAGAUUUUGAUUUUGAUCAAUCGAUCUCUCAAACAUCAUUGGCUGAAUUAUAUAAUGGUGUUGAAGAAAUUGUUGAAAUGCAUUCUUUUGAUAAUGAAGAAUUGAAUUCUUUAAUUGAAUGUGGUUCAUUAGAUAGUAAUGAAACUGAGGAACGUAGAAAUACAGUUAGUGUAGAUCAAGGCGAUUCUUCUGUGAGUGAAAGUGAUUCAACUAUUGGAGCUUUUGAUACCUUUGCUCAGAUUACAAGAGUACGACAAAGAUCAUCUACUCCUAAAGACAUUAAAUUAGAUACCAAAGAAUUAAAGAUUACAAAUCAAGGAAUAAAAAAUUUUAAAGAGAGUUUUUGUCAGUCUGAUAAAACAGAAAAUGAUCAAAGCUCUGUAGUAUCAGUCACUGGAAUACCUAUUUUACAGGGUGUAAUAUCAGAUGUUAUGAAUCAAAUUGAUUUAGAUAGUGUUGCAUCACUUACAACAUCUAAAUCACUUAGUUCACCUUCUAAUGAUGUUGUUGAAUUAAUGAGCAGUGAUGAGGAAGCAACUGUAAAGCAUUUAAAAGCACAUCCCUUAAAUAUUCAAAAUAAAAAAAUUCAAACCCAGAAUAAAGAAAAAGAAGGAAAAUCCUAUAAAUUAAAGGAAGUUGAAUUGAUAAAAUUACAUGAUACAGAAACUAAAGUGCUUAAAGAUAAUAACAUAAAUUGUGGUAUCAGUAAUAUUCAACCUAUUCAGAUAGAAUUACCAUCAUGUUUCACUGUUAAAAAUCCAAUACCUGAUUCUGGAAAAUUGACAGUUGGCCAAAUACUAGAAAUUAAAAAAGAAGCAACUGAGGAUAAUGAAAUGGUGUAUUACGAGUAUUCAAAUCCUGAUGAAAUAAUAGAUAUAAAUGAAUUUGAUGAUGAUGAUGAAAUGGAACCAAAGGGAAUAGCAGUUAAAAUUGCUAAUGAAAAAUUAUUAAAAGAAACUGAAAGAAUGAGAAAGGAAGCUAAAGAAAACGAAGAAAGAAUGAAGAAUGAAGAAGAAAGAAAGAGAAAAGAAGACGAAAGACUUAAAAAAGAAGAAGAUGAAAGAAGGAAAAAAGAAAAUGAUGAUAGAAUGAAGAAAGAAAAUGAAGAGAAGAAGAAAAUAGAAGAUUUAAAAGAAUUUGAAAAGAUGUUGAUAAACGAGAAAAAGAAAAUAGAAGAAGAAGAAGAUAGUAAGAAAAAAGAACAGUAUAAAAGAAAGAUAAUUGAUAUACAAAAAGCAAUUAAAAUAGAAAAAGAACAAAAACAAGAAGGAAAAACACUUAAAGAAAGAUAUGAAGAAGAAAGGCAAAAAAGAGGUAAUUUAGCAGAAUUUGAUUCCACAAUGAGAAAAGAAUUUAAAGUUGGAAUGGGGAACAGCGUUGUAGUUAAUGAAGAAGAAAUCAUUAAUAAAUGUGUCAUUUUGGAAGAAAUAGUAGUUAAAGAUUGUUUUAUAGAAGAUACAUAUUUGGGUGAAAUUAAGGCAAGAAAAGAUACGCCAAAAAUUAUUCUUCAACCAAAAAAUAUUUUAAAGUGUCCUACAGAAUCAGAUCAAAUAAGAGGUAUUGAAUUACAGUCGAAAGAAGAAUCCCCUAAAAAGCUAAUUGCAUUAAAAGAAUGUAAAAGAAUUGAAGACUUGAUAAAUCAAAACAAAACAUCAUCAGUAAGUGAUGUUCCAGGACAGAAUGAAUAUAACAGAAUACCAAUACCAACAAAGACUAACCAGCUAGAAAUACAAACCAAAGAAGCUAAAGAAGAUGAAAAACAAAGAGUUAUAGAAGCUAAAUUACAAAGACUUAAAGAAGCUGAAGUACAAAAAGUUAAAGAGGCUGAGAAACAAGGAGCCAAUGAAAUUAUAUCCAGAGCAAUCAAAGAAGCAGAAAUUGGAAGAGUAAAAGCAGCUGAAUUAGAAAGAUUUAAAAAUGAAAGGAUUAAAAGAGCUGAAGAAGUUGAAACAAAAAAGUCUAAAGAAGCAGAGUUAAGAAAAAAUAUAACUGUUAAAGAAACUGAAAUAAAGGGAUUGGAAAAGAGAAAUGUUUUGAAGAAAGUGAAUGAAACAGGAAAUAAUCAAUCUGUUGGACCUACAGAGGUUAAAUCGGUAAAGAACCCUUUUAAGAAAAAAAAUGAAGGUUUUCAGAACGAGGCAAUAAUAGAUCAAUUAUUUAUUGAAACUAGUAAAGCACCGAUGGAACAUAAAAAAUCAUUGAUUGAAACUAGAAAAGUAACAGCCAAAGAGGAUGUUGAAACAAUUAAUCUAAGAGAACGAGGAAUAAGGAAGUGUAUAGGACUUGAUGGAAAAACUAUUAAAGUUAUAGAACCUAAGUCAUCUGAAGUGAAAAUGAUUACUAGGAUGAGAGGAGUAAAGGUUGAAGAAUUAGAUGCCAUUAAAAUUGCAUCUUGCUCUAAACUGCGGCCUCAAUUAAUCUUAGAGCGAUCUCCCCUACCAUCUAUAGCAAGUUCAAAUUCUGUUGAAAAUCUAUCGAUUUCUUGUCAUGAGUAUAAAAAACAAACUAAGAUUACUGAUGAUGGAAAUAAGCGUAAUAGCACUUCAAAUAUACCAAAUGAUAAAAAGCACUAUAGAGAUUUAAAUGCUGGCUCUUGUGUUAGUGUUAAGAAAGACAAUUUUAAUUAUGAAGCUCUUGGUACACCUAGAACUCGUACUCGUUCUUCAUCGUUUAAGCAAAAAACAAUUUCAGAAACUAAGUCUUCUAAGCAAAGCCAAGAUAAUGGUGCAGCUAUUAUUUCAAAAGAGACUAUUAAAAAAAAAUUUUUAAAUAAUGAUAAUGCUGAUAUUUGCCCUGUAGUGUUAUUAGAUUCAAUGGAUAUUAUUACUCAACGACCAACGGACUUGGCCAAACAACAACAAAAUAAACAAGUGCAUAAUCAAGUACAAAAACCUGCUGAAACUAACAUACAGUUACAAAAACCUCCCCCUAAGAAACGAGGUCGUAAACGUCGAAUUGAUGUACAAAAUGAAAAACUUCAAGAGACUCCUAAAAGUAAUAAACAAACACCUAAAAAUUGCGGAAAAACAAGAAUAUUAGAAAAAGAAAUAGAACCUCUAGCUAAAAGAACCAGAAGGAGUCUUGGGCUACGUAAUAUUAAACAAGAAUCUAUGAGCAAGCAAUCUAUUCAGCCUCGUAAAUUUAAAAAGCAACAUGUAAACAAGGCUAUUGAAAGUAUUAAAACAAAGAAGAAAGUUUUGCAAUUUGUUUUCAAUAACUUAUGUGAAAGAAGCAAAUAUAUUUUAAGCCUUGACAAGAAAAUUAAGAAUUUACCUCCAAAAUGUUUAGACAUAGUAAAAUUUCCAAUUAAAUUAAAAGAAAUUAAAAAGAAAAUAACUACAGGAAAAAUUAAAAACAUUAAUGAACUUCAAUUUAAUCUUGUAAUGUGGUCAUACAAUGCUCAGAUGAUCAAAAGAUCUGAUAAUAUAGUCUUCAGCGAGGCUUCAAAUUUUCAGUACGAACUUGAAGAAUAUUGUCGGUCACUUAAAAAUGCAGUUAAUGAUCAAAAUGUUGACAAGUAUCAAAAAGAAAAAAACCGGUUCCUCAUACAUGGCAAUGAUCUUUUUAAUUUGAGAUAUUCUGGUGCAAAAAAAGAUUCCAAUGAUGCGCGUAUAACUGUUAACAAAGAAACAAUUGCUAAUAUAUAUAAAUAUAUUGAUAAUUCUUGUGAUGAGUCAAGUGGUUCUGAAUCUGAUAGUUACAUGCCACCUAAAAAAAAAAGAAAAAAAAACAUUUCUGAUUUUUCCAAUUCAGAAAGUGACUGAAUCCCUUAUUGUUUAAAAGAGUUAAUAAUUCUUCACAUAUGCCUUUAUAUAUAUAUAAACACACACACACACACACACACACAUGUAUAUAUAUAUAUAUAUAUAUAUAUAUAUAUAUAUAUAU